GAACAAGACUGAGGGUUGUACACUGCUGAAGAGUCAGAGUGUGUGUGUGUGAGUGAGAUCACGACUUCCUCAGCACCGAAGCACAGUAAUCCAGCGACCUUUCACCCUUCACUACCGCUUAAAACUCUACACCAGGGUUUUCCAUAAAAAAAAGCCAUGAAGACGCCACUUUGGGUUCUUCUCUUAUUGAGCUUGUGUGUCCCUGGGCGAAGCGACUGCCAGGGAGAUUGUUUAACCUGUGGACUUCUCCUGCCUCCACAGCAAACGUUCAACACCCUUGUGUGUUUGCUGGAAUGUGAGGCCCAGGCGUUCCCCGCUCAUACCUGGGAACUCUGCUACCAAGUGUUGGGUCUAAAUCCAGCUGCAUUGCCACCACAGGAUCUAUCAAAGCGUUCAGAAGAUGAAGUAAAGCCUCUGGCUAUUGUGAAGAUGGAGGAUGAGGGAGUAGAAUAUUCAGAAGCUUUGGAGCGAUUCCGUCACAUGGCUCAGGCGCUCAGCAGUCACGAACCUUCUGAGGAGGCACAAAAACCGGAUCCGUUUGGGGAAACCUAUGACCUGGGGCUCGACUCUGGUAUGGAGGUUGAGGAGGAGCAAGACAGAGCCGAGAAGGGGGAAGAGCAGGACCAAGAUAGUGCCUCCGCCCUCAAUCUCUCCAAACGCUUUGGCGGCUUUAUGAAAGGCCGCCAUGGCUUCCGUAAGCUGGUGAGCUCUGGGAGACCCAUGCAGAAGCGCUACGGUGGCUUCAUCGGGAUCCGGAAGUCAGCCCGCAAGUGGAACAACCAGAAGCGAGUGAGCCAGCUGCUGAGGCAGUACCUGAGUCUCACCGCACGCACAGGCCGCUCGGGCCAAUUCUCCAACCUGUCUACAGCUGCGGUUCGACAAAAGAAUGAGGUUUAAUCACCAUAGAAAAGGUGCCGAUCUCUCCUCUUACCGCCAUCAUGUACCGCAUCCAAGAUGAGCUAAAAGAUAUUGCAUUGAUAUCCAAUGAGGAUUUUUUUGUUUUGGUUGUUUGCUUCCACUAUUGAUAUUUCGAGCUCAUUGUGCUCACUAAUUCAGUAACAAACAAGCUGUUGGUUUUGAAUUUCAGCCACUUGGCUGGGUUUUAACCUUGGCAGAAAUAAAAGCGAUGCACUGAAUCUUCCAUCGAGCAUGUCCAUCAUCAGUAUCAGCUCUGGAUGUCGGAGGAAUCGCAGAGCACUGUGGUCGUUUGUUUUUCGUCGUAUGAAGUUGAAUGUCAUAAAGGAAAAAGCACUUUAUCUAUUUUAUCAUCCUGUCUUUUCCACCAUUGAUAACACUUGAUAUGGGUUCAAAACAAGGGAAUGAUCCAGCAUGGAUUUUUUUUUUUAAUGUCUUAUUUAUUUUUAUUUAAGUCUCAUAUUUAAGAACAUUUCUCAUCAAGAACUUUUGUGUUGUUUGCUAAAAUCGAAAUGAAAAAUUAUAGUGCAUGAUGUGCGCUUCCACAGUCCAAAAACAUGCAGAAGGUUACCUGGUGUUUCCAAAUUCCCUGUGGGUUGUGAAUAACCUGUGGGUUGUGUGUGCCCUGCGAUAGAUUGGCACCCUGUCCAGGGUGUACCUCACCUUGUGCCCUAAGUCUCCUGGGAUAGGCUUAUUUAGUGCCCUAAGUCUUAGGGCACUAAGUAAAGGAUUACACAGUACACAGGAUAAAGCGAUAUAGACAAUGAGUGAGUGAGCAAAUUUUGAAUAAGGGAGCCAUUUUAGAUUCAUCCCCCUCUAGAAUACGUCAAACCUAAAUCUGUGGAGCAAUUCUGCCCUCUAGAGCUCCAUCGCUUUCUUUGACUCAUCUACACACACAAGCACUUUGAUUUGACUUUGAUUUAAAUUUUAAAUGAUUCCUGUUCUAGGUCAAAUUUCAAUAAAGGACGAAUCAAAGUGAAAUUAUUUAAGUAAUUAUUUUUUCCUCAUAGUAUUCAUUUAAAAAAAGGAAAGAAAACAUUUAAUUGUUAUUAUUAUUAUCUUUAUUAUUAAUAUUAUAAUUAUUUAUUAUAUUAUA